GCGGAGGGCGGGAGCCGCCAGGGAGACAGGGCGGGCCGAGGGAGCGGCGCCGUGGGGUUGGCUGCUGCCCCGAGGCCGGACUCAACGGAUCCGGGCCGCGCCACCGGGCCAGCUCGCCGCCCGGCCCCAGCCCGGAGCCAGCGAGUGAGCGAGGCGGUGCCGCGCGGUUUGAUUGUAAAUGCAUCACCAAGAGGCAGCCCAGAAUGAAGAAAGCAAACAGGAGUGUUGGCUCAGUGCCUAAGGUGUCUGGGGUAAGCAAACCACAAACCAUAGAAAAAAGCAAGCCCGAGAACAGCUCUUCAGCACCCACGGGAGGCAAGCCUGUGAAGCCCGGGACAGCAGCGUCUUUGUCAAAGACCAAGAGCAAUGAUGACCUUUUAGCUGGAAUGGCUGGAGGAGUAAAUGUGUCUAAUGGUGUCAAAGCAAAGAAGAGCACCUGUUCAUCCGCAGCGCCUUCAGCACCUGCCCCUGCCAUGACUGUCGUGGAGAGCAAAUCCAAGAUUAGCACAGGCACCAGUUCCUCAGCCAAACGGAGUACUUCAGCCGGAAAUAAAGAAUCCAGUUCUACUAGAGAAAGACUACGUGAACGCACACGGCUAAACCAGAGCAAAAAACUGCCUUCUGUGAGCCAGGGCGCUAACGAUGUGGCACUGGCCAAACGCUCUCGCAGUCGCACCGCUACAGAGUGUGACAUCCGAAUGAGCAAGUCUAAGUCGGACAAUCAGAUCAGCGACAAAGCUGCUUUGGAAGCCAAGGUGAAAGAUCUCCUCACACUGGCCAAAACCAAGGAUGUAGAAAUUUUACAUUUGAGGAACGAACUCCGAGACAUGCGUGCUCAGCUGGGCAUUAACGAGGAGCCUUCUGAAGGGGAUGAACAGUCUGAAGAGAAGGAAACCAUGAUCGCUCACCAGCCAACUGACGUGGAGUCUACUUUGCUGCAGCUGCAGGAACAGAACACAGCCAUCCGCGAGGAGCUCAACCAGCUGAAGAAUGAGAACAGAAUGCUCAAGGACAGGUUGAAUGCACUGGGCUUUUCCCUAGAGCAGAGGCUGGACAACUCUGAAAAACUGUUUGGCUAUCAGUCCCUGAGCCCAGAGAUCACCGCUGGUAACCAGAGUGAUGGAGGAGGAACUCUGACAUCUUCAGUAGAAGGUUCUGCCCCUGGCUCAGUGGAAGAUCUCCUGAGUCAGGAUGAAAAUACACUCAUGGACCAUCAGCACAGUAACUCUAUGGACAACCUAGACAGUGAGUGCAGCGAGGUCUACCAGCCCCUCACGUCAAGUGAUGAUGCUCUGGAUGCCCCCUCGUCUUCAGAGUCGGAGGGCAUCCCGAGCAUAGAGCGCUCUCGGAAGGGGAGCAGUGGGAAUGCGAGCGAGGUCUCCGUGGCUUGCCUGACAGAACGGAUUCACCAGAUGGAAGAGAACCAGCACAGUACCAGCGAGGAGCUUCAGGCGACUCUGCAAGAGUUGGCCGACCUCCAGCAGAUUACCCAAGAACUCAACAGUGAGAACGAACGGCUGGGAGAGGAGAAGGUCAUUCUGAUGGAGUCACUGUGUCAGCAGAGUGAUAAGCUGGAACACUUUGGCCGACAGAUUGAGUAUUUCCGUUCCCUUCUAGAUGAGCAUCACAUUUCUUAUGUCAUAGAUGAAGACGUAAAGAGUGGGCGCUACAUGGAACUGGAGCAGCGUUACAUGGAUUUGGCUGAGAACGCCCGUUUUGAGCGAGAGCAGCUUCUAGGUGUCCAGCAGCAUUUAAGCAACACUCUGAAGAUGGCCGAGCAAGACAACAAGGAAGCCCAGGAGAUGAUAGGUGCGCUCAAAGAGCGCAGCCACCACAUGGAGCGGAUUAUUGAGUCUGAGCAGAAGGGCAAGGCGGCCCUGGCAGCCACACUGGAGGAGUACAAAGCUACUGUGGCCAGUGACCAGAUAGAGAUGAAUCGCCUGAAGGCCCAGCUGGAGAACGAAAAGCAGAAAGUGGCCGAGCUGUACUCCAUCCAUAACUCUGGAGACAAAUCUGAUAUCCAGGACCUCCUGGAGAGCGUUAGGUUGGACAAGGAAAAGGCAGAGACUUUGGCCAGCAGCCUGCAGGAAGAUCUGGCUCAUACCCGGAAUGAUGCCAAUCGGUUACAGGACACCAUUGCUAAGGUAGAAGAUGAGUACCGGGCUUUCCAGGAAGAAGCCAAGAAGCAGAUUGAAGACUUGAAUCUGACGUUGGAAAAAGUGAGAUCAGAGCUGGAGGAAAAGGAGACAGAGAGGAGUGACAUGAAGGAAACUAUCUUUGAACUUGAAGAUGAAGUAGAGCAACAUCGAGCUGUGAAGCUUCACGACAACCUCAUCAUUUCUGAUUUAGAGAAUACUGUUAAAAAACUCCAGGACCAAAAGCAUGACAUGGAGAGAGAAAUCAAGACACUUCACAGGAGACUUCGGGAAGAAUCUGCGGAAUGGCGGCAGUUUCAGGCUGAUCUCCAGACGGCGGUGGUCAUCGCAAAUGACAUCAAAUCCGAAGCCCAAGAAGAGAUUGGUGACCUAAAGCGGCGGUUACACGAGGCUCAAGAGAAAAAUGAGAAACUCACAAAAGAAUUGGAGGAAAUAAAGUCACGCAAGCAAGAGGAGGAGCGAGGCCGGGUCUACAACUACAUGAACGCUGUGGAAAGAGAUCUGGCAGCCUUGCGGCAAGGGAUGGGACUGAGUAGAAGGUCCUCAACUUCUUCAGAGCCCACUCCUACAGUAAAAACCCUCAUCAAGUCUUUUGACAGUGCAUCUCAAGUACCAAAUGCUGCUGCAGCUGCAAUUCCUCGAACUCCUCUGAGUCCAAGUCCCAUGAAAACCCCUCCUGCAGCUGCUGUUUCCCCCAUGCAGAGACAUUCCAUAAGUGGACCAAUCUCAGCAUCCAAACCUCUGACAGCCCUAUCAGAUAAGAGAUCAAACUAUGGAGAAAUUCCUGUACAAGAGCAUCUAUUAAGAACAUCUUCAACUAGCCGACCUGCUUCUCUACCAAGAGUUCCUGCUAUGGAAAGUGCCAAGACCAUCUCAGUGUCUCGACGAAGUAGUGAAGAAAUGAAACGGGACAUCUCUGCAUCUGAGGGAGCAUCACCAGCCUCUCUCAUGGCUAUGGGCACCACGUCACCCCAGCUCUCCCUCUCUUCCUCUCCCACGGCGUCAGUCACUCCAAGUACCCGGAGCCGAAUAAGGGAGGAACGGAAAGACCCCCUCUCAGCUUUGGCACGAGAAUAUGGAGGCUCUAAGAGGAACGCCUUGUUGAAGUGGUGUCAGAAGAAAACAGAAGGUUAUCAGAAUAUCGACAUCACAAACUUCAGCAGUAGCUGGAACGACGGGCUGGCUUUCUGUGCACUGCUUCACACCUAUCUCCCAGCCCACAUACCCUACCAAGAACUCAACAGCCAAGAUAAGAAAAGGAACUUCACCCUGGCUUUCCAGGCAGCUGAAAGCGUUGGAAUCAAAUCCACCCUGGACAUCAAUGAGAUGGCACGUACCGAACGACCCGACUGGCAGAAUGUAAUGCUGUAUGUCACAGCCAUCUACAAGUACUUUGAAACCUGAACACACAGGAGGAGCUGCUGCUACCAGCUAAAGACCUCUGCAGUCACCAAGUGACACCAACACCAUUAGCUAGAACCCCUAAAGCUUUCAGCGACUCUGGGCCUCCCUGCAGGGAGUGUGCCCAGCUCUAGGCCUCUGCAUCGGAACUGGAACUGCAGACCAGGGCUCUUCCAUAUGGCCAUCCUCAGGAGCAGGAAGCACAGCACACAGCCAGCUUACUUCCAGAGACCGUGAAGCUCCAUCAGUGCCCUGAAGUCUGAAAAAACAGGAAGGCUUGUGGCCGGCUUGUCUUGGGAAAUGGGAUUAAAUUGUGGGAACCAGGGGUUAGUGAAAGCUUAGCCAUCGCACUUCUUGACUGUCGUCCAUGUGGUUCCCAGUGCUGGGACAGAGCUGGCCUUGGUCCCUUUGUGUGGGCCUGCGUUCUAGGAGUGUGUCAGAGAAGAGAGUCAUUAUCCUUUCCAUGUAACAGGACCGUCUUAACCACUGCAGUUUAACUUAGAAGUGUCAGAAACCCAGCUCACAGGCCCACAGCCAGCUGAGUCUACACUACCACCAAGCAGACUUUUGUCACCAAGAAGCAGGUGGCACACUCAGUGGGUGCUUAGCCACUUGCCCCUGGCCCCGGGGAAAAGACUGGUCACAAGGAGUUCUCCUAGUUGGAGUUGGUGUUUUAUUAUAAGCAAUAUUGGGAAAAUAGCUCCGAUUCUGUUAGUACCAAAGUCAGUUGUUUUAGUACAAAUAGAAAUUAAACACAAAAUGUGGGUAUUAGCAUGGUGAAGGUGAGGAUUCAUGCAGUACGGAAAAGGAGGAGGCGCUUGAGGGAGCCAGAGAUUCACGCCAUUGAUGGCUGCCCCUCCAGGGCAGGAGUUAAGACAGUGCCUUAGCCCUGCACCAGGACAGCUGAGCCCACACCUACAGGAGUAUCCUGCAUGUUGGUGGGGACUCUGGUAGAGGUGGCUCCAUGCUGUGCCUGGGGUAUGGGGCCUACAUCACGAGCCAAGGCCUUACUCAAUUCUGUUGAUUUCUGGCUGGAAUUUAGCAGCCCCUUUUCAAGAAUAGGAAGCCCUUAUCUCAUGUGCCUGACACAGAAGUUGUUGUUUGAACAAUGUCAAGACCUGUUACUUCCAGGAUACACUCAUUUGCCACCUGCAAGAUACCAUGAAGACCAGCCAUCAGUAGAAAUGGGGCCACAGCCUCAAUAACUAGAUGGAUGCUGGGAAUGUCUCCCAGGAGGCAAGCCCCGUUCAGUCACGGACCGAGUGAGGUUCUAUGUUCAAGCAUAAUGCUUUAUCCUGGGACUUUGGUGUGUCUAUGGAACCUAGAGAAGAAAGCAGUUAUUAGGAAGUGGGCUAUGUCUGUAUGCGUUGCCAUCAGACAGACAGCCUCUCCAUCCACCCCACCUAAAUGUCUACAUCUAGCAGCUUAUGCUGCACAGUGUACCGGAAGCCCCCUGUUACUCUGGCUGGCCCAGUCUCUGGUCUCCCUUGGCCCGGUUCUGUUCUUGCUCUUGUUCUCUGAUGAGACCUGUCAGGGUGACUGACUGUCCCUGUCAGAACCACUGUUUGCUGAUGGGUCUCCACUAAACUUCUCCGAGCUUCCCGUCUCUGCUGUCAUCUGCCUUCACUGAGGCCUGUCCACUGUGCACCAGGGUGUUGGAUCUGAGGCCAGGCUUUAUUUAUUAUGUCAUGAAGAAGGGUUGUCUUGUUAAAGAGACUUUCCUGGGCUUACAGUUCACAACUUCUGUCCCUCGCUGGCUAUAAUGAGCCUAGCCUCAUGCCAGAGUAGAAGUUGCCAGAGUUUUCGGAAAGUAUUUAGAGUAAGUUGGCUGCUGCUGAAGGAGUAUGUCCAUAUUGAGAUAAUGUUUCUGUUCUGGAAUCUGUGGACUUGGGAUAGGCCUGGAGCCAGUAGCCGGGACAGGUGGUGGGCUGCCUCCCAACCCCCAGACUCGGGGCAGUCAUCACAGACAGGGCCAGGCUGCCCAUGUUUGUGUGAGGGCCCACAAGUCUACAGGUAACUCCAGACCAUUGCUUUUUGCCUUCUCUAAUAGGCCCCUAAAAGAGCACUGUUGGCCCUGUGGGCAAGCUUGUAGAUGGCCAUGUGUUUUUAAAAGUAGUAUUUGGGAGUUGGUAGAGUACCUGUCUACAAUGCAUGAAGCCCUGAGUCGAACCCCAAUACCACAUCAACUGGGUGUGGUGGUGUAUACUUGUAAUUCCAGUACUUGGGAAGUGGAGGCAAGUGGAAGAUCAGGAGUUCAGUGUACUGUUGACUACAUGAUGAGUUUGAUGCCAGCCUUGGCAUGUGAGACCCUUUCCCCAAAAUAGGUGAUAUUUGGAGGUUCUCUCAUUCUAGGGCUGCUUCCUGGGAAGCUCCAGGAUGUAAGCUUGCCUCUCUUCCCUACAGCACAAGGUUCACUACAAAAGGGCCAGUUACCUUCCUACUUUUCUCAGUCACAGGCUUCUGCUGAUGAAUGAUACUUUGUCAUUUUGUUCUAGUAAAUACUCUUGAAUGUA